AUGGACACAGCGACUGUUUCUCUCUUUUUGGGAGCCCUCGCCUUAAGGCUUGGUUUUUUCUUCUACGGGAUUUAUCAGGAUAAAUACUUUGAAGUGAAGUAUACAGACGUGGACUAUUUUGUUUUCAAUGAUGCUGCUUCGUACGUAUUUCACGGAUUGUCGCCAUACUUGAGGGAUACUUACAGGUAUACGCCGCUUCUGAGUUGGCUUUUGGUCCCUAAUCAUUACCUACAAUGGAUCCACUUCGGCAAAAUGAUGUUUGUGCUAUUUGACUUGCUAACAGGGCUCCUAAUUUUGAAUUUGCUCGAGGCGCAGAGCAAACGCAAGAAGCUUAUUCUAAGCUCAUUAUGGCUUUUGAAUUUUAUGGUCAUUACUAUAAGCACCAGGGGCAACGCAGAGAGCGUUUUAUGCUUUCUAAUUUUGUUAUCCUUGUAUUUCCUUAAGGCCCGCCAGUUUGUGCUAUCAGGCUUAUUUUUAGGGUUCGCGAUCCAUUUUAAAAUAUACCCGAUCAUCUACAGCAUCCCAAUUGCAGUUUAUGUUUACCGUCAGAGGCAAGGCGGCCUUUUUAACGUUUUCAAGGUUGGAGUCUCUGCAAUUCUUGCCUUGGCAGGGACUUCUUAUUGGAUGUACCAGAUAUAUGGGAUGGAAUUCUUGGACAACGCUUACUUCUACCAUCUUUCAAGAACAGAUCAUAGACACAACUUUUCUGUUUUCCAUAUGCUUCUUUAUUUCGAGUCUGCGUUGCCCACGGAUAGUUUUUGGGCCAAGCUAGCAUUUUUGCCACAAGCUGCCAUUACUUUGGGGGUGGUGCCGCUGUUACUUCGCGAUCCAAGCUUUAACAGCCUGCUCUCUUUAUUGUUCAUUCAGACGUUUGCUUUUGUCACUUACAACAAGGUUUGCACAUCGCAGUAUUUCAUCUGGUAUCUCAUAUUCCUUCCUUUUUACUUAGCGCGGACAAGCAUCACACUGAAAAAGGGCCUAACAAUGGCUUUGAUUUGGGUUGGGACCCAAGGCGCUUGGCUGUUUUUUGGCUACUUGCUGGAAUUUAAAGGCAAGAACGUGUUUUACCCAGGACUCUUCCUGGCUAGUCUUUCGUUCUUUUUGGGUAACGUCUGGAUUCUCGGCCAGUUUAUAGACGAUUUCAAGGUUAAGACAGAACUGUCUGAAGAAAAGAAGAAGCGCUAA